AUGCACUUCACGCCCUCCUCCCUCCUCGCUGCCGCUGUUCUCCUCGCCACCGGAGCUCACGCCGGCCCCGUCGCCCCCUACGGCGUCUGCCAGACCGGCGAGUGCCCCGCCAGCUCUUGCGUCCUGGUCGCCGUCGCCUGCUACUCCGCCGCAGGCUUCACCUUUGGCACCGUCAAGGCCGACGACCCGCACGUCCCCGCCGCCGUCCUAAACUGCAACGCCGCGCUGGGCACCUGCCAGGCCGCCUGCGCCAAGGUCACGCUCCCGGCCGCGACCCCGCACUAG